AUGAAUCUUUCCCAUUUGGAUUUCGCAGCACUACGACGGUUAUUGUCGAAUUCUUCGAUUAAUUUAAAAAAUGAUGACAGUGACACUUCUAAUUUGGAAAGAACGUUUCAGAUUUACUUGUAUGCGUUUACAAUGUUUCUAUCAUUUUUUGCCAAUUUUUCCUUGAUUGCUGUUGUCUUAAGUGCCAAAAGUCUGAGAACAAAAUUCAACUUUUUUGUGGUGAACUUUUCUUUCGUGAAUUUACUAAUUCCAACAUUCUGUAUGUGGCUUCAUCUAAUUUUCCAUUUAGACAAAGGACAAUGGAGAUUUGGACCUUUCUUCUGUAAAAUUAACAUAUUCUUGCAAGUUCUUGUCGUCUGUGUAAGCAACUUCACCUUGACAGUAACUGUCCUUGACCGUUUCUUGGCAACGUUUUCCUCACCUCUUCAGAAGUACACCCAGGACCACGUGAUCAUCGUCAUGCUUGUUGUUUGGAUCUCGGGCCUUGUUUUAUCCUUACCAUACAUCUUUUACACCAAGUUUUCGGAGUUUAAUUGGAUCGGAGGUCAUGAACGUCUGUGUCAGGCUCAUUUUCCAUCUAUGGAAGCCAGAAGAGCAUAUGUGACAAUAUUUUCUUUACUGGGUUAUGUUCUUCCGGUCCUUGUGAUGUUUUUCCUCAUGAGUAUUUCUCUUCGAAGUACAGAUAUUCCAAAUGAUAGCAUGGAGAGGGAAGUUAGAAUUAGAUGUCAGAUGAAACGAAGGGCCCUACACUAUGUAUUCACUGUUCUAAUAGUAUUUUUCCUUUGCUGGUCUCCACAACAAUUUCUCAUGCUGUGGGAUGUUUUCAGGGAAAGAACACUACAUACUAAGUUGCCGAAGGGUAUUCACCAGUACAGUUUCUAUUCUUACUAUGUUGCCUAUGCCAGUAGUUGUGUUUACCCAAUUUUGUACAUGACGUUUAACAAAGGCUUCCGGUAUGCAAUAACUCAGAUCCUACGUCGCAAACGACAUACCACGAAGGGUAAUACCAUGGUAACCGAUUUGGGAGGACAAAAUGAUGGAUUUGAGAAUGAUAUCGACUCUUUUGAAACCUUGGAAAAAGAUUCUGGAGUGGAACAAGUUCAACUCCAGCCUACAAACCAGGUGCAGGUGAUAGCAACCAUAGAAGAGCAAACACAAGCUUCAACAUAAUU